AUGUCUGUUGAUACAGGACAGUUUAGUGAUCCCAUCUCAGAUUUCUCCGAUUUACCCAGUAUUUCUACUCGGGCAAGCAAUGUCAUUAGACGAUACACCUCUUCCUUCUCUAUUAAUUCCAAAAAAUCCAAAAAUAACGACGGGUCGACUUCGAUUUCGGCAACCUCGUCGCCUCCCGAUCUCAAACGAAAGUCAUCCCUCCCAUCAAUUAAAACUGCCCACUAUACCCACAUGGUUCCCGAUAGCCAAGUCUCGAUAGAGUGCGCAAGCACGUGCGCGUUCGUGGCAGACGCGGGCAUGGACGAUGACUCGGACGAAAACUCAAGUAACCGAUCUUCCCUCAGCUCAAGAGGUAUCUCCCGAACGUCUACCCCAAGUCAUCGAGGGCAGGACGACAACUCCGACAGAAGCCACACCCCAACCCAAAAUUUCUUCCCGCGCGAGGCAAAAGCUCUGCCUGACCCGGAGAUGUGCACGCAGCAAAUCCUUGACGAGGAUGAGAAAAUCCAAGGCCUGAAUUCAUUCAAUGACGUACACUUAGAUCUAACGAAAAUGUUUAACUCAGACAACCAGUGCGUAGGGAACUGGGUUAACUCCACCCCAAACCUCCUCAGAGACAUUCUCGAGACAUUCCGAGUGAACAUGCAGUCGAUUGGCAAUAUCAGUCUAGGCAUGUCCCGCGCGAGGGAUAACAUGUGCUUCGAAAUGUCGAAAAUCUGCAACGAAUUCGCAGACUUAUACAUGCAAGUCAUCAACGACAACAACCCCCAAAUUGAGCAACACGGGCAAGACAAAAACCCCACGCUAAGUAACACAGAAAUGGAAGUAGAUGGUGGUGACCUGUGCUAUAACAGAGGCUACGAGACUAGCCACACCAACCUCGAAAGUACCCCUACCCACGGACAUUCAUGGGCCGACAUGCCUCAAUACCCUCCCGCCGAAUAUUACAACACCCACAACCAAGAUCUACUCCAAGUCAUCAUAUCGGUGGCCAAUGACAUCAAAAGUAUCAAGAGCCGCAUGGACCGUAUCGAAAAUCAAACCAACCGUACUCCCCCGCCAAAACCAAAACCCCAGCCUACCCAACCCCAUCCGAAAGGGAACGCCGCACCACCCAACGCAAACCCCAACCCGACUGCACCUCCUAAAAAGAAAACAAUGGCCCAAGUCUUAAUGGAAGGCCCGAAGGACAAAACCGGUGAGUCCCAACCUAGUAAUACCGCACCUCCCCCGGUCUCGAUAUCAAAGGGAACUGAGGCGAGCGCCGUUCGCUUCAUCUUCCGAUUCUCACAUGGUGCCCCGGAUGACACCAAGAAAAGACUUACACCCUUAGAGGUCAGUCGUCGCCUCAAGGGCGUAUUCAAUGACCGCAUGGGCCUAAACCAGUGCCGUGUCCUAGAGUCCAAGUGGAAUCUCCGGGGGAACCUUAUACUAAUAUUCCCAGCUCACUCGAACCCAAGCGCCAUAAGCCAGAUGGAGCCCCAGAUCCGAAACGCGCUAGGCCUCAGAACCGGCUGCGCAUUUACGAGAGACACCAAGUGGUCCAAAGUAAUAAUUGCUGGGGUUCCUACGGGAUUCUCGGAAUCUGGAGAUGAUCAGGUCAUAACCAAGAACGAACUGAUGGACGAGGUACGUAAACACAAAUCUACGGAAAAACUAACAAUCACACAAGUCCCCGACUGGACUAUUCGCCCGGAGGACAUCAAGUCCUCUUACGGUUCUAUUGCUUUCGCAUUCGAAGACCCCGAUGGGCUUGGAGCAACAAACCAAUUCUUCAAUCCUGCAACCGCUGUGCCUCGUACGGCCACGUCCAAACCCACUGCCACAGGAAACCUAGGUGUACGCGAUGUGGAUACAGCCAUCCUACCGAACAACACGACAAUAAAUGCAAACUAUGCCACAACGAGGCUCGAGCGAAAGGGGCCCCAUGCCCUCACCCAGCUCGAUCUCGAUGUUAUUCAGUUGAACGUGGCGGGCUGUCACCUCCGCGUCCACUCUAUGCUCAACGACAAGUCAUACCAAGCUGCCUCGAUCCUCAUGAUCCAAGACCCCUGGUGGGGAAGGAUAGGCUACGAUAAAUCUAUUGAUCCUAAGUCUAUUAAUAUUUAUGGGACCACCAGCUCCCCCUUCUGGAUGUGUUUCUCUCCUCCGGGCAUCAGCGGCCCCAAAGGCCCUGGUGUAUCUAUUUAUGUCCGUAGAGAUAUCCCCGAUCUCCACGCGCGCUACUCCGACACCCUCCCACCUCAUCCCGACGUGCUAGCUAUUGACGUUAUUUAUAAAGGCUCUCGCACCACACUCGUUAACGCGUACCUACAUGGUGACUCAGAAAGAUACGAUGAGUCACUUAACCAUUUAAUUUGCCACCCCUACCCGACUUCCCACCCAAUAAUUAUUGCCGGGGACUUUAACGCUCACCACCCAAACUGGGCCCUCGAGGGGUCAAAGUGGGUCAACAACCUCCCUAACCCCAGCGCUAGACUACUGGACAACUGGGCUUCGGAGAAUGAUUUCCACGUUCUUAAUGACCUUACAGUACCUACACGCAACGGAAAGAAAGGCCAAGCCGACUCAAUCAUCGACCUCACAUUGCUCAAUAGCAUCGCUGUUGAUGCUUUUGUGGAUUUCGACUGGACAUGCGAAGCCGAAGGAGCCAUGGGAUCUGAUCACAAUAUUAUUUCAUGGGCGAUAGGCGCACACGAUCAAACUGAUGCCGCAACGCACCCGAAACCUCCCCCUACCUUCACUAUCGAUCCCGAACUUGAGGAAGAAUGGACAAACGCUUUCGUAGCACACCUGUCCAACGAAAAUCUCCCCUCCCAACCCAAAACACCAAGCGAACUAGACUCCAUGGCAGUUGGCAUCCUCCAAGCAAUGGCGAACGCUACUGAGGACUCCAUGCCUAAGAAGAAACAAGGAGCAAAAAGCAGACGCUCUCCGUGGUGGAACUCCGAAUGUUCAAAGGCAUUGCGCGAUCUCAAACAUCCCCCCGACAACCGCUCUCGCGACGCCCGCCGUGCAUGCCUGCGGGGCGCUAUCAGACGCGCUCGUAAAUCUCACGCCGACCAAGUCUGCAAAGCUGCAUCCAUUGGAAAUGUAUUCCGAUUCACCAACUGGUACAAGGGCAAACGUCGAGCACCCCUCCCUCCGAUACGAUUUGGUGGAGGGCUGGUCACAGUGCCACAACAGAAAGCUAUCGCGCUGACCGAUAAAUUCUUCCCAAAAGCCACAUCCUCUCGGGUCUCCCUCGAACCCCUCGGGAUCCCCCAAGCCCCCGAAAGACCGUGGCACAAUAUCACUAAGGAGGAAAUAGAGACUGCACUCGCAAGCUCCUCCAACACUUCAUCACCCGGAGCCUUUGGAACCAACUACCGUCUAUUAAAAUGGGCUUUCUCAGUCAGGCCGAACCCCAUCCUUAAUCUGUACAACGGCUGUCUCACCCUUGGAUACCAUCCGUCCUGCCUCCGGAACGCGGUCAUAGCGGUCAUACCCAAGCCAAACCGCAGCAAUAUGUCUGAUCCCAAGUCCUACCGACCUAUUUCGCUCCUGGAGACCCUCUCAAAAUGCCUCGAGAAAGUGGUUACGCGUCGUCUUAUCUUUGAAGCUGGCAAAUUCGACCUUAUUCCUCAUUCACAAUUUGGCGGACGCGACAUGACCUCUUGUGCAGACGCCGGAUUGUGCCUCACGCACGACACGAGAACCCAAUGGGCCCUUGGGAACCAUGUCUCGCUACUCACGAUGGAUGUCUCUGGAUAUUUCAAUAAUGUUGACCACGCCAGGUUAAUUUUCACUUUGAAAAGACUGGGAUACGCGCACGAAAUCUGCCAGUGGAUCCAAUCCUACCUACUCGAGAGAACCGCGCAACCGAAAAUCGACGAAACUCUGUGCGACCCAAUCAACUUGCCCGCGGUCGGUAUCCCCCAGGGAUCCCCCCUCUCACCCAUAUUGUCAUCAAUUUACUCUAUUCCCCUCCUACGUGCAAUUCAAGAUCCCCAAGCUCUCACCUAUGCUUACGUCGACGAUUUCUCCAUUCUCGCCUUCUCCGACUCGCACGCUUCCAAUACCACAAUCCUUCAGAACAUUGCAAACACCGCCAACAACACUCUCAGAGCACUUGGACUAGAGUUUGAACUCCCAAAAUCCGACCUUAUUCACUUCACCUCUCGCAAACAACAACCAUCUAAUGCCCAAAUCACGCUCACACAUGACCUCGGCACUUCCGUAAUAACACCCAAAGUUGUGGUUCGCUGGUUGGGAUUCUACCUGGAUCAAAAACUUAAUUUCAAGGAGCAUGUACGCUACAUGGCCAACAAGGCGAACGCAAUUCUAGCUGGUCUCCGUAUGCUAGCUGACACUGUCAAGGGCAUGUCCAUGAGACACGCACGUAUCUUAUUCAUUGCGUGCGUCAGACCCAUUCUCACAUACGGCUCCCUCAUUUGGUUUCACGGUAACAACCAAAAAACAAUGAUCGACCCGAUACAAAAAGCCCAGAAUAUGGGGAUUAGGUGGCUCACCGGAGCAUUCAAAACCUCUCCAACGGACGCCCUACACCACCUCGCCUCCAUUCCUCCCAUCCACAUCUACCUCCAAAGACUCAACACAAACGCUGCCACCAAAUUGAGAGCCCUGCCCAGACACGCGGAAAUUAGCCGCCGCCUCCCUAAGGCCUGGGACUCCCAUGAUCCCACCUUACCACACCCCCCCGAGCCUAAACGUCGCCAGACAGCCGUCCCUUCCCCCAUCGUCCGACUAGCGGCACUGUCACACCCAGAAUCCGAAUUCCAAACCCCGUACCUUAACCCCCCCUGGGUCCCGGAAAAUCCCUUCCCCGGCAGACUACAAUUCGCCUUCCCCCCUGCCGGCUCCCCAAAAGAUCGCCGAGCAAAGAUUGCGGAGAACGCCAACCGCCUGAUCGACGCACUCGCGCACGAGGGAACCCUGAUUGGAUUCUCCGACGGUUCAAAAGAGGUCCGUUCGGGAGUCCGGAAAGUAGGAGUUGGAUACAGCAUCGUAUGGAAGAAAGAGGAGGUCGCCAAAUUCAGCGGCGGCAUCGGCCCUCGCGCGGACAUAUUUGACGCCGAAAUGCUCGCGCUUGCGCUCAUUGUCCGCAGAUGCACGCGAUUUGCAAAGUCACACAAUAUUCUCAGAAUCCACAUCUUCUCGGACAACCUAGCCGCCGUACGCAUUAUCAACAAAUGCAGCCCCCAUGCCGCCCAAUACGCAUCAAUACUAUUCCGAAAAGAGGCCCACACAUUCCUUCAAGGCAACGCAAGGAGGUCAAUCGUGGUCCAAUGGAUCCCAGGCCACUCCAAAAUCGAAGGCAACGAACGUGCGGACAAACUGGCUAACGCAGGACUCGACUCCCGCCCCACGCCGUUCUUUAACCGGACCGCUACCUGGGCCAAAUGCCGCGCCACUCAACGCGCAGCCAAGUCAUGGGGACGCUUAUGGGCAGAACACCCCCACUCAAAAACGGUCCAAAAACACAUCCCACGUCCCCCGGCACUCAAAUUGCACCCAAUAUUCCAAAACCCCAGUAUCCCUCGAUCGGUGUCCUCCCGCCUCAUCCACGUCAUGACAGGCCACGGCUGCUUCGGCGAAUACAAGGCCAGAAUGCCUUUCAUUAACGGAAGCGCCAAGUGCCAAUGUGGCGACCCGAACCAAACCAUCCCCCACCUCCUGUUCCACUGCCCGCUUGCCGAAGACAGCCGCAAGCUCCUUUUCGAAGCGGCACCAGACCUCAACCCCGCAACCCUCUUCGGGACCCCCAAGGGAUUGGAAGCGGUCGCCAAAUUCAUCUACCAUUCCGGAAUUGGCCUAUAUAAAUAG